AUGAUCUCUGAGUUUGUCGGCACCUUCCUGUUCAUGCUCAUCGGUUUAGGCGGUAACUCUGCUGUCAUCAAUGAUUCAGCCGUUGCUACACAGACCGGCGGAGGAGAUCCCUCAGCAGAUCCAGCUAAGAUCCUUUUCAUCGCAACGUCAUGGGGCGCAGCUGUGACAGUGAAUGCGUGGAGCUUCUUCCGGAUUAGCGGUGGGCUCUUUAAUCCUGCUGUAACUAUGGCUUUGAUGCUAAUCCGCGCUGUACCACCGCUUGAUGGCCUUCUCGAUAUCAUCAGUCAGCUUUUCGGUUCUAUCCUAGCAAGUGCUAUCGCAUACGGACUAUUGCCAUCGGGUGCUCUAGCGGCUACUGAAUUGGGUGAUAUGACCACCGUCACGCAGGGGUUAUUCAUCGAGAUGUUCAUUACAGCACAGGUCGUCGUGGCAGUCUUCAUGUUGGCAACGGAGAAACACAAAGCUACGUUCAUUGCGCCCGUUGGAAUCGGAUUGACGGUAUUUGCGUGCAUUCUUAUGGCCUCAACAUAUACUGGCGCAGCAAUGAACCCAGCUCGAUCAUUCGCUGUGUGCGUUAUCCAAGGAAGUUUUCCACACUAUCAUUGGAUUUAUUGGGUUGGUCCGGGGUUGGGUGCCUUGCUUGCAACUGCCUUCUAUCACUUGAUCCGCAAGCUGGAGUACUGGACUGUUGGAGAGACUAUUCGAGAUGUCGCAAGCAGGGUUGCCGACAUGUCAAACGUUCCUGGGGCAAGUUCGAACGACGAUUCAUGA